AUGAAGUUCGUUACGUCCAUGGAGAGACUCAGCCUCCUGGCCUCAGUUGCUGCGGCUACGUGUAAGGAAUGCUCGGGUCCUACAUUUCCCGUGCCCGUGGCAAACAUUCUUAACGGCAGUUACUACGGCGAAAGAAUUGAACAGUCCUACACGGAAAAUUUCCUGGGAAUCCCCUACGCCCAGCCCCCAACCGGUCAUCUUCGCCUCCAACUGCCGCAGAGUGUGAACUCGACGUGGUCCGGGACGAAGAAUGCAACAGGGUAUGGAUACGGCUGUGUGGGCCUGGGCGAGGAUACUCAGAUCGCAAUUGAUAACUACGUCAAAUAUAGCUCACUGUUUAACCUGAAUGUCGUACGCCCUGCUGGAUAUGAUGGAAAUGCUAAACUUCCGGUUCUUGUUUGGAUACAUGGUGGAGGAUUCGUCGAGGGUUCAAGCAGAGAUCCUCGCUAUAAUCUUACCUCUAUCGUCGAACAGUCCGCCAAAAUCGGAAAACCAAUCAUAGUAGUCAGCUUCAACUACCGUCUUCUUGCGUAUGGCUUUGCGCGGUCGAAGCAAAUACUGGAUGCUGGACUUGCAAACUUGGGAUUGAAAGAUCAACGUUUGGCCUUGCAUUGGGUGCAAGAAAAUAUUGCAGGAUUCGGCGGUGAUCCUGAGAAAGUGACGAUUUGGGGGGAGAGCGCCGGCGGAUUCUCGGUUGGAUAUCACCUCCUCGCUUAUAAUGGCCGUGACGACAAGCUAUUCAGAGCAGCCAUUUCAGAAUCCGGCCAACCCAUUGGCAUGGCUCUUCUUGUUCCAAGUGAAGCUCAAAUAGAGGCUGCCUUUCACAACUUUACUUUGCGGGCCGGGUGUGAAACCCAUUUGGACAAACUCGCUUGCCUACGGUCUCUCUCUCCUGAGAAAUUUCUCGCUGCACAUAACAACGAGGCAUCCGGCUUUUGGCCAAGUGUUGACGGGGACUUUAUCGCUCGUCCUACGCUCAACCAACUGAGUACGGGGAAUUUCGUUAAGGUACCUUACCUUGCCGGAGAUAAUUCGGACGAAGGCACUGCAUUUUCUCCUUUCGGAGUCAACUCUGACAGCCAACUCUUUGACGUUCUAUCUCAAUUCGGAUUGGACAAUGCUACGGUAUCAGAGCUGAUGGCACUAUAUCCCAAUAACCCGGCGCAGUUAAUCCCAAACUCUCAUCCAGCCCAGUUCAAUUCCACAAUCGGUCUUCAAUGGAAACGAAUUGCUACAAUAGUUACUGAUGCUUUAAUCGUUACGCAUUUUAUGGAAAUGGCCUUUGUCCUAAAUAACCGCGAUGGUAUUGGUUAUACCGACGUCAGCCAGCCUUACUUGGGACCAAACCCCUUCGCGGGAAAACCUCAAUCGUAUCUGGAUCUGGCAGAUCUCAUGAGCCGAAUGUGGGUGUCCUUUGCUCACGAUUUGGACCCCAAUUGUCACCCUCACCACGGACCUAAUUGGCAGCGGUACAAGUUGUCGGACAAGAAACAAAUUGUGUUUGACGCGGUUAAUGGAGUCCAUCUAGAGUAUGUCUACGCACUUCGGGCCAAUGCUACUAGAUUUAUUAUGGACUAUCUGUGGAAGCAAGUCAGAAAUUAA